AAUUAAACAAACUGAAUGCCUAGAUUCGAAACGUGCAUAGUCCGUGGCAUAAUUCCCGUUUGGAGUUCUCCGGGUCGGGUUGGGGCUCAGACCCGUUUCCAAAAUCAAAAUCACCGGGGCGCUAAAGGAAAGCAUUCCUCUUUUGGGGAAAUGGAGAUUGAAGAAAUCGAAGCGGUUCUCGAGAAAAUCUGGGAUCUGCACGACAAGCUCAGCGACGAGAUUCACUUCAUUUCCCGCUCUCACUUCCUCGACUCCCUCAAACCAGCUCCUAAUAGAUCGGAGAAUACGAAGAAGAAGAAGAAGAAGAGCCAUGGCUUAGGCGAAGAGAAGAAGCAGCAGGGAUACGUCUUCAUCAAAGGAUUCGACAAUAACGACGAGAACGCAACGAUUCAAGAGGCGAAGAGCCUGUACGCGAUCCGAACCGCGCUUGAGCACCUCGAAGACCAGCUUGAGUUUUUCCAUACUAUACAUACACAGCAGCGAACAGAGAGAGAUCUUGCGGUUGCGCGGCUGGAGCAGAGCAGGAUAUUACUAGCUAUGAGAUUGGCUCAACACCACGGCAAGAGCUACCGUGUCCUCGACGAAGCUCUUGCGUUUGUUGGCAGCUUUAAAAGCGACACUCGUUUCGUCUCGCCUCAUCAACUUUACAGUUCUUCUCCAAACCCAACCGGAGAAAACUCUGCUCCUUGUGAUGGAAAUAAGCCCAACUUUGUGAUCAACGCCUUUGCAUCGGCUUUCGGGUUUGCCAAAAGAGCAUUUGGGUUCAACCAUCUGGGAGGCGUGCUUGGAAACGCUGCUAUAUUCACCAUAAGCUUGGUCGCUAUGCUACAUCUUCACCAGGUGGCUACUAGUGAACAUCAUCAUCUACAGAAGAGAGAAGACAGAAGAGAGAUGUCUUCAUCUGACAUAAGCUUGGACGUGAUGAUGGCUCGUGGUUAAAGACUAGGGUUCGAACUUGUCUACACGUGAUCAACUAAGAUGAGAAGAGAUAGUUGUUUGCACUCCAUAUGAUGUAACGGGUUUGGACUUGGAAACAACAAAAAUGUGUUUAGCUUGCGGAAAUAAUAUCUAUGCAGGUAGGUUGUGGGUUGAAUGUAUAGAGUUUGCAAAGAUGGAGUAUUAUGGCUUCAUUUCUAUAUGCUUUAUUAUAAUGUUUCAGAAUUGGUCGUGCUUCGCUACAGUCGCUUGAAUUGAUUGCUAUCAAAACAACAUAGUACCAAUGUCAUGCGAAUCCGGCUGUUGUACCUAGUCCUUAGACUUCAUGUUUUUCACUCUAAUACGUUUUAUGUGUCCCACACUCCAACUAAGUCGGAAUCUAAAAACAAUAUCUUCAUAUGUUUAGGUACCUGAAUGGAUGGACAUACACAGUUAUAUUACGGUCACUAGCUCUACAUAUUAAACAACAACAAACCUACUCACUGCCAUAUAAAAUAACAGCAAAGAAUAGAGCAACACGCAGCAAAGAACUGCUGCAUCCUGAGGUUUAAAUAUAAAACAUGCAAAUGUGUGUAUAGUUUUAAUCCUUGGGAUACGGAUUCGGUAACCACUGAACUUGGUUAGUUUCUUUCUCAAAAGAAAAAAAAAACUUGGUUAGUUCAAAUAUAACCUCAACUCUCUGCAACUUGCUUAUUUUUAAGAGAUGUUAAAAAUGGAACCUAAAAAAUAUUUUUUAUGAUAAGCAUAUUUUAAUCAAAUAAUUACAUAAUUUUUUUAAAUAGCAUAUACUUUUAAUGAGGUAUAUAUAUAUAUAUAUAUAUUAUUUUAUCAGUAUUAAAAAUAUAUUUUCUUAAUACUUAGUUUUUUUUAAUUUUAUGUUUUCUUUACUUCGUGGAACUUAAUAUAACCAUAAUCAAAAUACCCAAGCAAAUAUGAUUUCUCAUUUUAAAAUUAUUUAAAAUAAUUUUAGUUUAUUUUUCAAUAAAUCUAAGGCAUACAAUUAUUUAGAAGUUAUACAAUAUUUUAAUUAUUGUAAAUAUCAAUAUUCGUUCAUGAGCUUACAAAACUUUAUUAGUUAUACAUAUGUAUGUAAUUUCCUAUUGAUCAUCUCUUUAUUUUUUAAUAAUUUUUAAAAUCAACAUAUAAUUUUAAUAAAUAUUAUGAAAAUACAUGCACAUGUAACCGAAAAACAAAACUAAUUUGAUUUGACUUAAUUAUAAUCAAAAAUAAUUAUACAUGAGUUUGAAUUUGAAAGAAUAUACGUAACUCAAUCUAUUCGCAACAUGAGUUACUCGACUAAUCCAACAAAUAUCCAAAAUCAAAGAUUUAACUAAAAUAAGAAAAUAUAAUUGUAUAAUAUAAAUCUAUUUAUUUUUAUACAUAUAAAUUAUAGGAUGACUCAAAACAUAUUAAUAAAUAAAAAUAAAUAUUAACUAAUUAUUACAUAUAUUAUACAUAUGCAUUAGACUUCAGAAUAUUAAUGUUAUAUUCAUUUAUGAAUCAAACACUUCUGUUUAUUUUUUAUUUAAUUCUAAGCAUAAUAUAUAUUACUUUAUACAUAACCUUACUAAAAUAAUUUACAUAUCUAAGAAAAUAACCAAUCUAAAUGCAAAUAAAAAUUUAAUCAAAAUUAAAUAUAUUUAGAAUAAAAUAUUAUAGUUAAAUUCAAAGAAAUAGAUACAAUCCAAUAUAACAAGUGAUAAAUAAAUCGAUUGUUGACUCAAAAAACAACCAAAUCAACUAGAUUUAACAUAUCCAAAAUCAUAUGUCUAAUUAAAAUAAUAUAUAUAAUUAAUAUAAAUUAUAUAUGUAAAUUAUAAACUGAUUGUUGAUCAAAAAAAAUUAUAAACUGAUUUAAAAGCAAAAAUAAACAUUAUCAAUUAAUUAUAAUAUAUAUUAACUAUUUAUACCGGUAGAGAAUCACCUAGUUAUAAUAUAAGUCGGUAAUAUCUCAACCCUAGCCUACGGUCCCUACCCUCAAGAUAUAUUUGGUGCUUCGGAUCUUACUUAAACUUUGAAGAAUAAGCAAAAUCAAACUGAUACAUGAACGGUAGGUCGUAUGAUGCCAAAUGCAAUGGUUUGAUGCUUCGGAUAUAACAUAAGUUCUGAAUAAUAACUACCAAAUUAAAUCAAAUGUAGCAACUCCUUACAAUUAUUGAUAAUGGUGAUAACAAGUUCAUAAAACUCACCUAGAAGUUUCACUCUUAUUGAGAGUUUUCAGAUGUCAAAACAAAAGACUUGACAUCCUUGAGCCAUUGAAGAUGCGAUCUCUUGUCUUUGUUGACCAUAUAAUCUGCCCAAAAGUUAGUAAGGGUGAGAUUGAUCCCUCUGAUCUCCAAAAACUUGUGGACAGCCCUCUGCAAAUUCUCAUCCAAGUCACUGCAUAAAACCCCAAAACUCAGUCACAUAACAAUUUUCAAUCUCAUAAAUAUAUAUAUAUAUAUAUAAGAAGCGCCUGUGAAUCAAAACAUACUCAAAGUCAGGUCCUUGGUAAGGAUACUUAGGUUCAUGGGGUUGUUGGACAACUAAACUGUCAAUGACAAUCUCAUCGGCGAAAGCGUUGACUCCAAACUCGAGACAGAGACCAUCAUCAUCUUUCGACACAUCACUACAAGAAAACACGCCGAAUUCCGACGGAGGUUCCGACGGAUUAAAAUUCGUCGGACGUUUGUGACGGAUUUCCGACCAAUUUCCGACGAAAACAAAAAAUUUGAAGUCGUCGGAAUUCCGUCGGCCAUUUCCGACGAAUUUCAGAGGAAAAAUGGCUCGUCGGAAUAUUCCGACGACUUUUCGACGACAUUCUGAUAAAACAUAUAACCGUUGUAGUCGUCGGAAAUUCGUCGGAAUAUACCGACGAACUUCCGACGACAUUCCGAUUGAGAGAUAUAAAUGUUACCGUCGUCGGUAUUCCGUCGGAAUUUUCUGACGAAUUUCCGACGAACCAUGUUUCCGUCGGAAAUCCCUCGCAAAAUACCGACGACAUAGCGACGACAAAGGGUUCCAUUGAAGUUUGGAAAUGUCCUCGGUAAUUCGUCAGAAUUUACCGACGACAUUCCGACGAACUAGACAAGUUCGUCGGAAUGUCGUCGGUAUAUUCCGACGAAUUACCGAGGACAUGUGUUUCUAAAAAAUUUCAAACAUAAAAAUCUAUAAAUUUAGAUGCCAAAACUAUGAAAAUAACACAUAAUAAGUGUUUAGUAUAGAAUUAGAUCACAACCGUUCAAAUAUAACAACUCAUUAAAAUAUUUAUGUAUGCAUAUCAUUGUUUUCAUAACAUCUCAUCUUAACACUCAUAUACUUAUACAAUCAUAUUCAUCUAAUCUUACACUACAAAAAAUGUUGUUGUGUAAAAUCGUGUUAUAAAAACAUUUUUAUUGUUAAAUCUUUAUGCAAAUACUAUAUAUAUUAUCAAAGAUUUGGAUUUUGCAUUUAGAAACUUGUAAUCAACCCCUAAACACUAAGUCGUCGGAAUUCGGUCAGAAAAAGUCGUCAGUAUUCCGUCGGAAUCUACUGACGGACACCAAUUCCAUCGGAAUUUCAAUUUACCCGGGAAAACCAAACCGCGUGAAAAUUUUCGCGAACCGCCAAUUGGUAUAUAUUUAAUUAUCCCGACGGAAUACUGACGAACCUGUGUCCGUCGGAAACAUUAAAUAUAAUUACCCUUCUUCUUCCUUCUUCGUUAUUUCCGCCUCCGCCUCUCUCUCAAUCCUCUCCGCGAUUUCUCUCCCUUUCACGGCGAUUCCGACCAUUCUCGAGCUCCUAUCACCGGCGAAUCCUCUUCUCACCCUCAUAUCUCUUCCCCAAACCCCAAAUCAUGUCUGAGGAUGUACCCCGCCCCGCAGCCCGUCUUCGACGUAGUUUGGUGAGCAGUUCCCGUGCAUCGGGAUCGUCUCACGAACAAAACUCGGUUCCCGCAUAUAUUCCCGCUCCAGAAGAAGUUCAGCGCCGAGAUAAUGCAGAAGCUAGAUCGUUUGAUGUCUUCGAGUUCUUAGUUUUUUCUGCUUUUUAAAACUUUCUGAAUGUUUUUUUUCUAUUUCGGUUUGUAUGAAUUUUUAACUUUCUGAAUGUUUUUUUUUCUAUUUCGGUUUGUAUGAAUUUAAAUUCUAUAAUAUUAUUAGUUUUAAAUUUCA